AUGAAAGAACUGAGGGUCUCUUCUCAUGGCAAGGUACUCAAAUACUUCUCUUUUGCUAAGUGUCAGCUGCAACAACAUCUCUCUAUCCGCAUUACAGCUCUAGGUAUCGCCAUUCCAAAGGCUAUAGCUACUGGUGAGCUGCUCAAAGCUCAACUGGAACAUCUCCAACAAAUUGUCACGACCACUCUGACGAACGGGGUUUCUACAAUUGUUAUAUCCUUGAGCUUGGAUUCAUUUCAUGAUACGAGGAAUCAAAAUCCAGGCUGCUCAAACCAAGGUAACCAUCGGAAGAAGAGGCAUGCCAACACCAAGUCGCGUCAUAAUUCAGCCACUACCAAAGCAGAGCAUAAGCAAUGGAGGAGAGUCCCCUCUCCCGCAUGUAGUGUCGUUCAUGCUCCUGAUGCUGUUCCAGAUGCUGUUGUUUUUGUUAUUGAUUCUGUUUUUGGGUCUUCCCUAUCAGAAUCAACAGAUAUGGAUCAUGAUUGCAAGGGAAAGAUGUUGGACAGCACUAUGUUUGAUACAACUAGAGGAGAAUCUCAUCAGAAUAAAAGAGGUUUGGAUUGUUUGGAAGUGACUGAGACUUUAAGGAAACGCAGACUGACUGUCAAGGAAAGGUUGCUGAGAUGUAGCAAAAGGUGCAAGCUUCGAUGGACGAAUUAUUUGAGGCCUUUGGGAAUGACCACCAAGAAACUCUGCGUCGGCGUCUCCAAAGGAAGCAGUGCACCACCUAUGGGACUGAUAGUUGUUCAUCCUGUGUUGGAGGAAUGA